UAUUAUUUUUAUUAUUAUUUCUAUUAAACAGACUGCCUUAACACUGAUUUAUAUGCUGUUUAAGUGCUAAUAAAAAGAGUUGUGUUGACCUUAAGCCAGGAGGAUCUUGAAUAAUGUUCAAGAUCCCACACUUUGUGAAUUGGGAUAAACCAAAGGUGAAUUGACCAGGUCAGCAAGGACAUGCCUGUGCACCAACAAAGAGAAGGCCGAGUUUAACGCAGUUCCUCUAUAACAGUUUUGACCAAUAAGAUUGUUGCACAUUCUAUGGAAAGGCACUGAAUACUGUGAACUUCAUCCAUCCCUGAGAAGACGGCUACAGAUUAACAUUUUGUUAACAAUAGGCCUCUGAACAGUAAUGGUCCUUGAUAUCAAGCGACUUGGCAUUGCAGAAUAAACAACUUUACCUGAGAGAAGUUGCUUGUCUUCUAUCUCAGAAAAAGAACCUGUUCAGCAGUUCAGACAGAAAAAAAUCUUUUUGUCUUGUGACAUUGCUUCACUUGAUAAGUCUCUCUGUCUUUAAUACUGUUUGAAAUUUGAUGAACACUAAAAGUUACCUGUUUAAUGUUGCCCUUUUUAGAAAAUAAACUAAAUGCUCUGUUUCCUACUUUCCAUGAGUUAAAAUGAAAAGAUGGAUUCCGCUGUCAUGUCUUUGCAUGAAAUGCAGAGCUGGAGACCUGUUAGCUUGGCAUUAUGAAUGGAAGCACAGGGAAACAGCUGGCCUAACUCUGUACAAUGAAACACCUACCAACACCUCUGAAACUGACUGAUUAACAUGGAUCCAUACACAAGCAAAAUUCCUUAGAGCAUAAAUUAUGGUAGGUUCUUAACCUUAGCAUUUAGGUUCAUCAGGUUAAUUUGUACUACAUAUAAUAAGGUAGGGCCAUAGCCAUAAUAUUUCAUCUGACUGGUCAACUGACAUUUUACAUAAUAUUGUAGGGUUAUAGCCAUAAUAUUUUAAUUACACAGAUAAAUUCCCAUAAAUAAUACUGUAAGGUCCUAACCUUAAUAUUUAAACUUGUGAGGUAAAUUUGUAAUGCCCAUCUCAUUUCUCUACUGGAAAGCACUUUGGCUCAACAGCUAUUGUUUAAAAUGUGUUAUAUAAAUAAAGGUGACUUCACACUCAAGCUCCAUGUUUAACUCACACACGAGCAAAAUCUCAAAAUGAAAAACUAUUUCUUUACACCUGCACAUGUAGAUUGAUAUUUGCUCUUGGUCAUAAACUUGAAAGGUUAAAAUGGACAAAAAAUAUUGUUCAAGUAAAGAUGUGUCCUUUUUGUGAUUCUACGGAGGAAAAAGUAUGUGCACCACAUGCCUCUCAUGUUGGACUACAUGCUCUGGUGCCUUACAGUCAGCCGAAGCCUAUUUGGGACCAUUAUAAAUGUUUUACCAGCUUUUAAGAUCUUCUGUUUAUCUACAUUAGAUUGCUACAAUCACUUUGUGUGAGCAGAUGUUACCUUUCAUUUACGAUUAUCCUGAUAAUAAAACGUGAAUAUAUGUGAAUGUGUUCCGACACCUUGGCCUUAAAGCUCACCUCCUUGACGCCUACAGUUGCACAGAUAAGAGCAGCUGUAAAAGAAACUGUCCAAAUAGUGUAUAAAGAAAAUUAAUAUCCAGAGGUGUGUAACAAUCAGGGCUGAUAAGUUCAAAGAAACUGAUGUGUUUUACUGUACCUAAAGCCGUGACUUGAGACACCACAGUCACAUGGCUGGUUGCCAUGUACUCUGGCUGGUUGCAUCAGAAAUAUGCGUGACGCAGCAGACAGACACAGGCAACUAAAUAUAGUUCUGGUUUUCACUCAUCCACAGCUGUUUAAGCAUGGAAAUUUUUCUGAAAAAAUCCCAAAUAAUGAGGCUUUACUCUGUACUGUGAUACAGAUGUCUCACGAUAUACACACACACACACACAUUUAUAUAUAUAAAAUGUAUAUCAUGUAUAAAAUAUACAAGAGUGCAGCAGAAUUGUCACAUUAAAAACAAUGAAUAACAAAUAAAAUUUCAAUAGGGUCUUCGCACCGUUCAGUUAACAGCAUUUAAAUUUGCUCGCAUAUAACAAUUGCACACAGACAAAUUAGACUGUAAUGAUGAUAGAUAGAUAGAUAGAUAGAUAGAUAGAUAGAUAGACAGACAGACAGACAGACAGACAGACAGACAGACAGACAGACAGAGAAUGUAUGAUAGUACAUGUGUUCAUACAGUUUUGUGUUUCACAGCUUAGCUACAGUACAAAUUCUUUAUUAUUCACUUCAUCUUCUAAGGACUCUCUCUGGUGUGGGAUUUGACUUGCGUUUGGUUGGCUAGUGUUCACUGACCCCCGACAGCAGGUGCAAAAUUUAGGAUCUACUUUCACACAACUGUGAGGCUCCAUAGUCCUGCACAUGUCACUGGUUCUGUGGACUGUGAAGAGGCAGCUCAUUGGCUGCAGGAAAGAUGGGCUGAUUGGUUUCAGAGGUUGUGACGAUGCAGCCAAAUCCUUUAAAUGCCCAGCAAAGAGAUUGUCUAUCAAUGAAGUAGUAAAAGGGGGGAACAUCUGUGGCGGAGGAGAAGGAUAAGGUUUUUAUAAGAAGCUUUUGAUAGACUGCUUGCUUUGGCUGGGUUCCCUGCUUUUAUUUACUGAAUUCCAGAGGUGACCAAUAUACAAAAGAAGAAAACAAAAAUAAAAAAUGAAGAUCAUCAUUGGCAUUGGAGGAGUGACCAACGGUGGGAAGACUACUUUGACAAAUAGACUACUAAAGACAUUACCCAACUGUUGUGUGGUGCAUCAGGAUGACUUUUUCAAGAAACCCGAUCAAAUAGAAGUCGGGGAGGACGGCUUUAGACAGUGGGAUGUGAUCACAGCUCUGGACAUGGAGGCUAUGAUCAGCACUAUCAAAGGCUGGCAGGAGAACCCUGUCAAGUUUGCCCGCUCACAUGGCAUCAGUCUCUCACCUGAAGCUGAGAAAUCUGACUCAGAGGACAAGGGGGUCCAUAUUCUCAUUGUGGAGGGGUUCCUCAUCUACAACUACAAGCCUUUUAUUGACAUCUAUGACAAAUGUUUCUACAUUUCCAUUCCUUAUGAGGAGUGCAAAAGGAGGAGAAGUGCAAGGACAUAUACAGUCCCUGAUCCCCCCGGCCUGUUCGAUGGCCACGUCUGGCCCAUGUACUUGAAACACAGAAAAGAGAUGGAGGACAACUGUGACAGAAUAGAGUACCUUGAUGGAAUGACAUCAAAAGAGGAUAUCUACAACAAAGUGUACGAAAGUGUUCAGAACUGUCUCCUGAACAAAUUAUAGGACGGGGCUCACAGUGGAUUUGUGUAUAGACUUGUAAAUAUCAUUUUGAAUGAUUGUGUAACACCAGUUCUAUUAUUCCAGCCUGAUUUGUAAAUAGGAAAUCAUGUAACUUAUUCAGAACUAAUGGCAGAAGUGUUGUGUUUUGUAUGAUCCUGUGUAACUUUUUCUAAAAGAUAAGCCACCUCUGGACUGUCCAGUGUGUAACACCUGUCUGUCUCUGAUCUUGUUGUACUUUAAAGUAUAAAAUGCCCACUGGGAUUGAUAUGUGUCUCACAACUCAAAGAAAUGACUCGACCCAU